CGUGUGCAGACCUUGUGUGCCUCUGUUAGUGCAAAGAAAUACCUGCAAAGGAAACGUGCUGUAUCUCAAACCAGCCUGUACAUCUAGACACCAGCAGCAGAUUCCCAUGUGCUCCCGCAGCACACAGAACAGCUAUGUCUGGAAUUAAUAUCAUGUUAGGAAUUGUGCUGUUCCUCAUUGUUUCUGCUUCUGAUCUGAAACACCAAGUCCAGUCAAUGGCUAUUGAAGAGGUCCUUACUGGAGAGAAUAUAACUCUCAAAUGUGACAUGAAACAUGACGGGGAAACCUCUUGGUUUGUACUUUAUCCAGAACAAGCUCCGAUUCACAUCUUUCAGGGUGUUUUAAAACUAAUAGACAAUACAACAAACUCUGCAUACUUCAACGGCUUCAGUGAAUCUUGUUUCUACCCCCUGCUGAACCGCACGACCUGGACUAUCAGUAUGAGGAUAGACAAUGUUUCUCAGCAGGAUUUUGCUUUGUAUUUCUGCAUGGUUCGAGUGAGAGGAGAAAUGAAAUGUGGAAAUUUAACAAAACUUGUGUCGGCGCAGAACUCACCGUCAGAACCGAAAACAGAAACGAACAAUGGUUCAAAAGGUGAGCUGUGGUGUAGUUUGCUGGACUGCGUCUCCUUAGUAUUCGUGAUCGUCUCCUCUGCCUUCGUCUGUUACUUAGAGAAAAGAGGAGGAAGAAAGAGGUGUACAGUACGCCGGUCUAGAUCUGACAACAACGCCCCAGUGCAAAAAUACAUGAAAAGGAGAGAACACGAUUCUAGGCAGUGACCUAUUUCUAUACUUCUAUGUUUUGUUUUUUUUCUUAAAUGUAUUAAUUUAAGCAAUUAUAGGGUACAAUUAGUAUAACAAUGCAGGUGGCAAGUCAAUCCAAGCAACGUCCCUGCAGGUAAUACUGAAUCCCCCACACUGUACUUCCCCCCAACGUCCCAGAAUUCGAUCAACGAAGAAGUUUUCAUGUGUGAUUUUUUUUUUUUUAUCACUAGAGACUUGGGCCAAAUAAAGAUUUAUCUUAAAGCUUCCUGAGUUUCCAUGCAAAGCCUUUCUUUCUCUCCAGGAACGCCCCACCCCUCUGUUUCUCAUCAAGUCAAGCAAAUGAAGUGAAAGUCUGGUAUGAUAUUGAAAAUGACCUGUGCAGAGGGCUAAAUAUUUUCCUGGCCCGUUUCAUGAAUGUUCUGAGACUGCAAUGUGCUUGCGAGGACGCAAAUGUCUUCGCUGCGAGCGCUUCAUAAAACACAUCGCAAGCGCUGUCGCUUGGGUUCACUGUUCUGCAA